AUGGCUGUUUUGCGUAUCUUGAGCCUUUGCAUGCUGCUGUGCUGCAGCGAGGCAAUGUUUAAAAAAGACAUGAGGACUGUCAUGGAGGAAGAGUGGCCAGACAUGAAGCACCUGGGCGACGUGGUGUCACAGGCCACCGACAAGGCGAAGGCCAUCGUGCAUCAGGGGCAGGAAGCUGUUGAGGGCAUCAAGGACAUGGCGCUAGACACCUUUGAAGCCGCUGCUGCGAAAGUGAAUCAAAGCUUGAAAGUGGUGGGCCAAGAGGUGAAGGAUAUGAACACCACGGCUAUGAAGGAGAUCAUCUCCUUGGAUGAGAAGGUCAAAUUGGCCAAGAAUAAGGCCGCCACUUUUGCAGCCGGCACCAGUGGAGUUCUCGAACAAAUCCAACCCAUCUUCGAACAGUUUCUGGAGCAAUUGCGUUCAGUCACCAAGAUGGCAACGGAUGCCCUGAACAGCAUCAGCCAGGAGAAAGCCGUGAUGUCCCUCGACAAGGCCAUGGAUAAGGUCUUCACCACGGCCUCGUCUUGGAAGUUUGCCAUGCAGGAUCUGGCUGAGAAGCUGCAGCAGAUGAAUGAGAGCCUUUCCGGCUACACACCUGAAGCACAUGUUGAACGUCCCGGCGCCGCCGAACGUCACAAGCGGCAAGCAGCUCGGCAGGGCAGCCGUGCCGACUCCAAUUUGACCAACUCGACUGAGUCUGAAGAGGUGGCUCCUUCUUUGCUGUCCAUGGAUCCAGUGGAGGAACUUUCAAAGACGCUCAAGGGUCCAAUGAAAGAGCUGAAGUCGGCUGCCGCGAAGCUGAACGACAUGGCAGAGGAGGUCACUGGAGCCAUGGGAAGCUUCGUGGAUGGCGCUUUGGAGGCUGCAGAGUCGAAGCUUCCCAAGUCCCUCAUGGCCAAUGUGACGGAGGUGCUCAAGGGCGUACAGCACGAGGCAAUGCAGGAGCUGGAGCCUCUGGGAGAGGUGGGCCGGAGCAUUGUGGGUGGACUGUACAAGGCUGGAACUGAUGCUGGUUUGGACUUCGACUCCGGGGUGGCUGCGCGCUUGCCCUUGGAGCUGUCCGAGCGUCAGCAAAUUUCGCACUUGCUGCAGCUGUCGGAGAAGUGGCAGCUGCGGCUGUUGGAAGCGCGUGGCCGUAACUUUGCGCUGCGCCCACCAAGCUUAGGUCCGGACGUGCCCGGUGGUGCAACGGCCUCGAAGCGGCACCUGCUGGCCUUGCUGCAGGGAGUUGAGACACCGCGGCUGCAGCUGGAGGGGCCAGCAGGUUACCUAGAUGAGUUUCCUGCUGCCUACUUGCGGCCCGCAUUCAUAGGCUGCGUGGCGCGCAUCUUCCACGUCUGCGCCGGUCGCAGCGCCUCAGCCACGCUGACGGCCUUCCGCUCCAGUUGUCAGGCUGCCUGUGCGCUGCUGAUGCUUUUGGGGUAUGUCCGGAUGCUUUGCAUUCGCAUCGGCUGCUACCGCUGGUGGGCUGAGUAUUGUCCUGAUACUGAUGCUUCAAAUAGUUUGAGGGAAAAGGUUCAAAAGGCAUUGGAUUUGCUCAGCUCUCGUGUGGGCGUUGGGCUGUUGAUGGCAAGUCUUCUACAGGUAGGUUUGGGCAUCAUGCCCUUGCUGAAUAUUUCCACCUGGGUCGCGCCCCAACAAGACUGCGAGUCAGGCUUUACCGUGCUGGCGAAUGAGCUGGCCGUCAACUGGAUUGCAGAAGGGCAUGGUGUCCGCCUGGCAGAGAUGUUGAAGCUUUAUCCAUUUUCCCUGAUCGAUGUGCUGCUGAUCUUGUCCAUCCGCCUGCAAUUGGCGGUCUUCCUGUUAGCUGUGUGCCUUGGGCUGCCUUGGGCCGGGGACUGGAUGUGGGUCAUUGCCCAGGGCUCGGAAACUGACUUUGGAGAGUUGAUCUGUGCCCUUGAGCCAGAGCAACUGGAGCAGCUGGCGUCGUCUCAUGGUGAUUCGGUGCGAGUUCUGAAGCAACACCUGGCCGAGUUGCGCGGAGAGUCCAGGUACAAGGUCAAGCUGGUGACUCAAGGCAGAGUCCUUCAAGAUCAGGACUUGUUGUCGGAGUUGCGACCACCCUUGGACCUGCAGAUGCUGCGGCUAGACUAUGUCGCGCCAACGCCCACGGAGCGCCAGAGCUUGUUCACAGCUGCGAAGAAUGGUGACACGGCGAUGUUGGAUGAGAUCUUGAGCAAACCAGUGGAUCCCAAUGUCUUCAUAGAUUGGAGGCAACGAUUGGGUUGGCCCGACUUCACCUGUACCAACCCCUCAUGUCUGCAGCUGGCCUCGGCGGGUGGCCACAGAGAUUGCGUCAGGAUGCUGAUCGAUGCCAAGGCCAACGCUGCCGCGAAAUGUGGUAUUUCUGAUGGCGAGCCCGCUUUAUUUGAAGCCUCCAGGCUGGGGCACUGGGAGAUCGUGCUGCUGCUGAUCGAGGCCAAGGCAGACGUGGACGAACCGCCCAUGAGCUUCAACACGCCCAUGAGCGGCAAGACGCCCAUCCAAGCCGCUUGUGAAGGCGGCCAUACCGAGGCUGUGCAGGUCUUAUUGAAGGCGAACGCCAAGAAGCCGGAGCUGGUGUCCGGUUGCAGCAAUCGGCAAAUCGUACGCCUCUUGCUGAAUGCCGGCGUGGAAAGAAGUGAGGAGACGAUGUCGGCCGCCAUGUGGCAUGCGGUGGGCGGAGGAAAAGCAGAGGUGCUGCAGGUGUUGCUCGAAGCAGGUGCCAAUCCAAACGUGCUGAAUAAAGAAGGGAAAUCUCCUCUCUGGUACGCAGCUGACUUGGGACGUUCCGGCUACAUUGCGCAGCUCUUACUUGAAGCCGGUGCUGACAAGAACUGGGUGGAUGAGCAAGGGACAUCUCCACUGUGGACCGCCGCGGACCAUGGCAACUUAGAGAUUGUCAAAAUUUUGGUCAAGGCAGGAGCCGACUGUGACAAGGUGAACAAGAGGAGAGGGGUGUCCCCGCUUCAAAUUGCCAAGUAUCGCGGCCAUCCAGAUGUCGUUGAAUCUUUGCUACUGCCUGAGCGGGACCGGGACCUGAGAAGGUGCUACAACAUGCUGCGCCACGUGAAGCUCCGACGGCAGAUCCUGGCGCUGCCGAGGAAUGUGCUCUUUGGGCACGGCAGCAGCGAGGUCCCAGAGUCGUAUUGCGGGCCCGACUUGAAUGACUUGAAGCGCAUGGGCCGCACCAGCCGCUCGGCGGAGCUCUUGGUGGCUUUGGUACCUGGGGAUGCCCCAAGUUUGGUCUAUGCCAUGUACUUCCCUGGCAUUGUUUUCUGGCAUUUCUUUUACGCAUCCUGGAUCCUGGUCUUGAUGUUCUCUUUCACCUGCGGGUGUUUGGUCAUUGUGAGUCAACCAGCCGAGGUUCGCAGUGUCCACGCGCAACGCAUUUGGCCCGUGCUGACCUAUGCCAGCUUUCUCUGCUCAGUCCUUCUGGCACACUUUGUGACCCGACUCUUUACACAGCGUUGCUUGCUGAACCAACAUGGGGAAGGAGUCCAAAUCAGAUGUCUUUGCCUAUUCUCCUGGUAUGAGGUGAUGCUUUUCCUUCUGUCCUUUGCAGUUGGGCCCACUGCGGCGCUUUGGGACUACUUCAAAGGUUUCUUAUGCACCGUCCUGGCAUCUUUGAUCAUCGAAAAACCAAACUUCACUCAGUUCGGCGAGCUGGCGGACUAUGUCUACUGCACCUACUGUGCUGCCCUCUUGUUGGAGCGUAUGGACCGGGACCGAAAGGACGACUCGCCACGUCAUCACUUCGAGGCCCAGUUGGAAACGUGUCAGGAUUUGCAGCGAAACUGCGACCGCUGGGACUCGAAGGCUGAGCCUUCUCUGUUGGAUCAGAGCUACGAGUCCAAGUCAGUCUGUUUCCGCCGGACAGCGGCAUUUUGGUUGUUGUUCCUGGGGCUGCCACUAUUAGCAGCUGCCACGGUGGACCGGAGCAGCUUCGCUUUGGGUGCCUUGGAGUUAUUCUUGCCCAACAUUUCUGCAGACCAUCCUGCCAAUCAGAAGAUGCAGCCUGCCAGAGACAAAGAGGAUCGAGCGCCUGCAGCCACAAGUGAACCAUCUUUGCGCCGAGUGAGCGAAGACGUCUAG